GCAAGUACAGUCGGCAAUAAAAGUGUGUAUCAUAAAAUAUUUUUUACGGUUAACUACUUCUUUUGUUUGAAACUUGAUGCAUCGCACAACUCAACCGUGAAAUGAACUGUCGCCCGCGGUAUUUUCGGAUCGAUACGAUCUACAAACCUAUGAGAAAAGACGUACGUUCUUCCAUCAUAAAUACCGACAACGCACUUGCAAUCCUUCUGGCAUUACAGGCAAUGUUAAGAAGGCAAUGCCUCUGCUAGUUUGCAUCCUAUAUCCCAAAAAAAACAACAACUAGGCUCAUGGGACGAGGACAAAGAGCAAUAUACCACUUUUUAACCGACUUCAAUUUCAUAGAAGGCCUCCUCCGUCUUCGACUAUAAACAUAUCAGUUGGUAACAAAUAUACUUAAAAAAACCGGCCAAGUGCUAGUCGGACUCGCGCACGAAGGGUUCCGUACCAUUAUUUAUAAAAACGGCAAAAAAUAUAUGUUUGUUGUAUGGGAGCCCCCCUUAAAUAUUUAUUUUAUUCUGUUUUUAGUAUUUUUUGUUAUAGCGGCAACAGAAAUACAUAAUCUGUAGAAAUUUCAACUCGCUAACUAUCGCGGUUCAUGAUAUACAGCCUGGUGACAAACGGACGGACGGACGGACAGCGAAGUCUCAGUAAUAGGGUCCCGUUUGACCGUUUGGGUACGGAACCCUAAAAAGGAUAAUAUUUUAUUUCAUCCUUUUAUAAGUCGGUUUACUUUUUUGUAAAAAGUUUUUAUUAACUCUAGGGUUAGACCGUAUUACUUUCAACCCGCUUCUUAGAUAAACAAUGACUCACAGACCAUAAGAAAUGAAAAAAAAAAUAUCCCGUCGCCCGACGGAUAGAAUGAACUGACCUGGGACAAGGUCGAAUUCAACUUACACAUUGCUAACCAAAAGCUAUUCAAACAGGUUACUUUUACUCGUAUAGUAUAUAAUAGCCAAGAACAAUUUUAAAUUCAUCAUUUACUGUUCAUACAUGACAGAGAAAGCUAACAAAAUGUUCUCCAAAUUAGUGGCCCUUUGUGCGUUCGUGGCGGUCUCCCAGGCUGGUCUCUUGCCUGAGCCCCACUACUCCCAAGCCGAAGCUGUCUCAUCCCAAAGCAUCGUGCGUCACGAUGAGCAGCCCCAUCACUCCGCCAAGCUGAUCGCUGCUCCUGUCGCCAAGCUGGCCGUCGCCGCCCCCGUCAGCUACCACGCCGCCCCCGCCCCCAUUGUCUACCACCACGCAGCCCCUGCUCACGUUGCCUACCACGCUGCUCCCACCGUCCACUACGCCGCCCCCGUUGCUAAAGUCGUCGCUCACCACGAGGAAGAAAUCGCGUACCCCAAAUACGAGUACACUUACUCCGUGGCUGACGAACACACUGGCGAUAACAAGUCCCAGCAGGAGACCCGCGAUGGAGAUGCCGUGAAAGGCUCUUACUCUUUCCACGAGGCUGACGGCUCCAUCCGCACCGUGGAGUACACCGCUGACGACCACAACGGCUUCAACGCGGUUGUGCACAACACCAGGCACACGCACGCGCCCGCCGCUCUCAAGGCCGCUCCCGUCCUCGUCAAGACUGCGCCCGUCUACUACCACCACUAAAUUGUUAUUUUGAUAUAGGAAAUGUUAUUUAUUGUAAAUAUAGAUGCUUGAGAAUGGAACACAAAAAAACUAUUUUUCAUAUAAAGUAUCCCUUGCGUGGAAAGUAAACGACCGCUUCGCCAUACAAACGUAAUAGGUACUUAAACGUAAAAAAUUAUAUUUCCACAGCAGCACUGGUAGCAGCCACAAUUUGCAAUUUAUUUUAGACAUAGCCCUCUUUAAUAAGUAACUCAUAACUUCCUAUGUUCUGCUUGGCAAAUUCAGUUGGCAAAAAAAUCGAAGAUAUAAGUUGCCUCCAGAAUCAGGCGAACUAAAUUGACAAGUCAAUGUGCACAAAUGAUACCACAGUUCGGCCAGUGCUGUUCAUAUCCGUAUUUUCAAAAAAGUUGUAAUUAGAGAAUAUCGCAAGAGUUCACCGUUACCGGGGCGCUACUGUUGCGCGAUCAGUUCAAUUGCAACUUUAAGUAUUUUUUUAAGUUAUUUUACAAAUAAUGUUCGUUGGUAUUUCGAAAAUUGUGCAUUUUUAGAGUUGUAGUUGUAGACCUGAAAUAAAUAAUUUUUAUUUCAGAUCACGGUAAUAGAGACAAGGAUAGUGGAUGAAUAUAUUGUAAUUAAAAAAAUAUUUUGGCUCUAAAUAGGACCAAUAAGUUCAACCCAGACGGGGCAAUAUUUCGCACUUUUUGAUUACCUAAUUUCUCAAAUACAUUAUGUGGUGAGGACGCAAAAAUUGCUCUGAUUGUAAAGACCAUUCCCCAAACUGGACAUUAUUAUUAUUAUGUUAUCAUUCGUCUUCCUCUGAUGCUGUUUUGAUAAUAUAAAAAUCCUGUAAAUUGAUCUAAUGGACGCUCGAUAUUGGUCUGAUCUGUCGUUGUCUUUUAGUUCGUGUAGCUACCGUUGGCGCUUGUUGCGUAUGCAGCUGUAAUGUUCAACCAAGGUAUGGUUGGACCGGAUCGAUACAGUGCUAUGUUUACGAUGUUUGAUAUAUAAAUAAUCCUUACUUAAUUUAGUCGUUAUCUUUUAUCUAUUUUUCAAUUUGUUCACUCUAUAUUAUUUUAUGUCUUUUUCCUUCUUGUCUGUUACCUUUCGUGAUUUUUCUCACUUGAUGGUCUCAUCGGAAGAUCAGCGCUGGAAGCCACCA